AUGAAGGCUUGAGGUUCGUUUUUAAUCUACACUUAUGAGUGCGCAUACAAGUCUGUUGCUCCGAUCAGACGACCAGUAUGAAGCCAAAAUAGGAGACGUUCCAAACCCUUGAAAUGGACGAAUGCAUGACGGAUAAUUUAAACGAAGAGAAUUGUGGGACUUCUCUCGCGUGAGUUUCUUAUCAGAACCUUCACGUAACCAAUUUUUCUUCUCAGCAUGGUUCUUCGAAAACAAAGAAAAAAUAGCUGAGAUAUUAGGAAUCCAUAUUCAUGAGAUCUGAACCGAGGGAUGCGUGGACGUGAAUGCAAGUUUACUACCCAAAAAACCAAGGGGCACGAGAUAUUUAGCAUGUUUGACGUACUCGGAGAGGUUGAAAUCGUUCUGGCUGCUUCAAUGGAGUACGCUAAACCACGGACUUUUCAUUACCCUGACGAGCCAUCGAUCGAUUUUGUCCACUCAACGCUGGCGACAAGCUCUGCUUAGGUUGUAUUCUGUUUGCUUGCUGUCAAGGAAGGAAUUAUCAGAACCCGUUUGUGACGGCUGGCGUUGUCUCUCCUCAGUGAAAACCAUGAUCUCCCCGGCGAGUUCGGCAGAUCGAGUCGUUCAACUUGAUGCCUGUCCCGCAUUUACUCGCCUUUGUACGGAGAGCCACAUGUGAGUCUCAUCGGCGAUCGCUUCUUCUACGGAGCUCCUGACUUCUUGUACCCUGUUCACCGUUUGAUUUGAAAUGGACGGGGAAGACGCGGAAUCCCUUACUAAGGUUCGACGUUAUCUGGUUAUGUAUUAUAGCCCUAUGGUUCCAUUGAAGUACCGUAUCGUUGGGAAUUCUAGGAGAUGUAACAUGUAGAGAAACUGAAAGUAGAGCGCAUUGGACCAAUUGGUCUACCCGCUCGAAUAGAAUUUGAAUUGUCUAAAACGGCGAGAUUCAAAUAUUUUACUUUGGAUUUUCCACUAUAAAUUAGCCGAAUAAUUGAGAAGUCAGACGUUCCCUUUCUUUUUCUCUGACUUAAUUUUUAUGGUUGGAUUCAUGAUGAAUAAUAAUAAUAAUAACAUCAACUUCAUCUUUUUUCACAUUUGUGAUUCUUUGAUCUCAGUUUCAAAAUGGGUAGAGCAAGAUCUAAACGUAAAAUAAAUUAUUGUGUUCGUUUGGAUUCGGGAUAUGAGAGUGAGAGAGAGAGAGACGGGGAGCGAAGACGCCUGAAAGUCUACUUCGGGUAGCCUCUAGCCAAGGCAGAAGCUCAGCGAUUACCCAUACUCCGAGUCCUCCGCUGAGCGAGCGGCCGACCACACGCCCAUCCAGCUAUCGACUGCUGGCGCCAGCGGUGAAAUCGCCUCCCUCGAGCAGGACGACUCAGGCAUCAGCCACGCCCCGGCGUGA